GUUGCAGGAGAAGAAGAAGAAGCUCCAGAUUGAGGAGACAAUGGCGAGCUUGGCCAGCCUUUCUACUCCUCCUCCAUUAUCAUGUCGGAAGUCUCUUCUUCUUCUUCACUCUCUCUCGACAUUCUCCAUUCUCAAGAAGAAAUAUUUUCCUUCUUCUUCUUCUCCUACACUUCCACUUCUUGAUCGGAAAAGGCUUCUUUUUCCUCCUCCGAUCAGAUGCUCCUCCUCCGACCCAACUCAAAACGCGGAUUCGGAACCUAAAACGACGUCGUCUUCGACACCUCCGCCGCCGCCACCGUCGCCGUUGUCUUCUCCGGGAGACUGGGCGUAUAGGUUGUGCGCGGGGCUCGGAGGAAUCGGGUUUCUGGAGACGACAUAUCUGACAUACCUCAAGCUCACAAAUUCGGCCGCCUUUUGCCCUAUCGGCGGCGGAACUUGCGGCGAUGUUCUCGACAGCGAUUACGCCGUCGUUUUCGGUGUUCCUCUUCCAUUGAUUGGAAUGAUUUCAUAUGGUCUGGUUGCGGCACUUGGUGUACAGUUGACCCGAAAAAGCUUGCCUUUUGGAUUGGUUGAAUCCGAUGGUCGUCAAAUUCUACUUUGGAGUACCACUUCAAUGGCAGCUGCCAGUGCCUACUUCCUCUACAUUCUAACCACCAAGUUUUCAGGAACAUCUUGCUCCUACUGUCUCUUAUCAGUUCUGCUAUCCUUCAGCUUAUUUCUCAUCACUUUAAAGGAUUUCGGAUUGCAAAAUGUUCAAAAGGAGGUCAGCUUACAGCUAUGUAUAGCCAGCUUGGUGGUUCUUACUCUAAACUCAUCGUAUAGUGCUUUUCGACCUGUGCCCCCUAGAAACAUGGAUGAUGUUAACCUUCCGUAUUUUACAACUGAGAUAACAACACCAUCAAGUCCUUAUGCUCUUUCUCUUGCAAAGCAUCUGAAUACCAUAGGUGCUAAAAUGUAUGGGGCAUUCUGGUGUUCACACUGCGUGGAACAAAAAGAGAAGUUUGGACAAGAGGCAGCAAAGCUGUUAAAUUAUGUGGAAUGCUUCCCUAAUGGAUUCAGUAAAGGAACAAAAAUGGAGAAGGAAUGUUUAGACGUUGGAAUCGAAGGUUUUCCAACAUGGGUGAUUAAAGGGGAGAAAAAGAGUGGAGAAUUAAAGUUUUCGGAGCUUGCAGAGUCAUCUGGUUUUACAUCUGAUGAAGUUACUCAGUCAACGGAGGUUGUCCAAUGAAAUAGGGAUUUUUUACGUGUAUAGAUUGUUGACAACUUUCUCCUGAUUUAGAUACCUUAAUUUAUUUAAAUUUUGUAACUAUUUUUUUUAGUGGUCAAGAGAAGUUGUAGAAUAGUGGGGUAUACAAAUUAACGGUGAAUGAAACAUGUUUUUGAUAUUCCUAAUAAUGGAGUGAUAUUCCUAGUAAGAA